ACAAAAGGGUAAGCAUACACAUGUGAGCAGGAGCAGCAGCAUGACCGUAAUGCUGUUAAAUUGCAUUAUUUAGUUGGACUGUUAACAGUCAGUAACAGUAACAGUAACAGUGCUUAUGAGCGCGCUCAGGCUACAACAACUCCACGGUCAUAUUUUUCCUGAAAAUAAGACCAGAGCAAUGGCAACUUCUUCAAGUCCUUUGACCACACAUGUGUUGAAUACUGCCAAGGGUGUUCCAGGAUCCAACAUGGCCCUCAGCCUGCAUCGACUGGAUCCCUUAUCUGAGACCUGGAUGAUUAUCAUCACUGGGACCACAAAUGCAGAUGGACGUUGUCCCGGACUCAUCACACAACAAAUGUUUCUGUCUGGUGUGUACAAACUGCGUUUUGAAACUGCACCAUACUGGGAGAGUUUAGGGGAGACCUCCUUUUACCCUUAUGUUGAGAUUGUCUUCACUAUAGACAACCCAAGCCAAAAGUACCACAUACCUUUGCUCCUGAGCCAAUUCUCAUACAGUACCUACAGAGGAAGCUAAUGUAUGUGUGGACUUAUCGGACCAAGAUGCUGACCUGUGACCUGGAUUCGGUCCCAGGGCGCUAUAGGAUGGCUGGCCAAUGCUCCUCAAGAGGAUGUGUUAAAUGCAUAUACUUUUUUGUACAUGUGAGAGAAUAAAGAUAUUUCUUUCUUU